CAAAUCCAUAGGUUUUCUGAACACGCACCCUAAUACAAUCGCUUUCACCCUUGUGCGGCUGAGAAUUUGAUGAAAUUCCGGCGCAGAAAGUGCCUAGAAUUCAAAGUUGUGGACUGCUAUUGAUAAGCGUCGUGAUUAAUGUCAGGCAUUGCGAUUGCUAGACUCGCCGAAGAGCGAAAAGCAUGGAGGAAAGAUCAUCCUUUUGGAUUCGUAGCACGACCAGUUAAAAAUCAAGAUGGUACCCUUAACUUGAUGAAUUGGGAAUGUGCAAUACCAGGAAAAAAAUCUACACCAUGGGAGGGUGGCUUAUACAAAUUACGGAUGAUCUUCAAGGAUGAUUAUCCUUCCAGUCCACCAAAGUGUAAAUUUGAGCCACCUUUAUUUCAUCCAAAUGUCUAUCCUUCAGGAACAGUAUGUUUGUCACUCUUAGAUGAAGAGAAAGAUUGGAGACCUGCUAUUACGAUUAAGCAGAUCCUUCUUGGUAUACAAGAUUUAUUAAAUGAACCUAAUGUCAAAGAUCCAGCUCAAGCAGAAGCCUAUACAAUAUACUGUCAAAAUCGCUUGGAGUAUGAGAAACGCGUAAGGGCUCAAGCCAGAGCAAUGGCUCCACAGGAGUAAAACUAUACUAAGUCCCAUUAAAUUCAAAUAUUCCAACUACAUAAAGAGGUUAUCAAUAUCUAUAGCAUAUUCUAAUAAUGAUCUACAUUUCUUAUCUUUUUUAUAAGUAACACUAGUAUAUGAUGUAGCUAAUUUACUAUUAUCUGCAUUUUUGUUCUCGAGACAAAAUUCCUAUGUGUACCCAUAUACUCUCUAUA